AUGACAUGCAAGAGGAUAUACAUCAUCCGAAAUUCAAUCGCUCAGACAACAAUCACUUGCCACUGUGCCAAACAAUAUCGAUGUUCAAUCAACCUUAACAAACUUGCCAACUUCCAUCAAUGUCUUCCACAAUUUGCAGACUUUGAUCUUGACCUUGAAUCGCACAGUGAUAAGCCAUUCAGGCCGUGGCCCAGCGAUAACAACGAUGGCCAUGGGUUGAGUGUGAUGAUGGAGAAGCCUUUCAAUCAAUCGUUGAGGACUGUGACCUUCCCUGCAGAGGUUACUUCGAUCAGGUUUAGCAUUGAAUCACGGUUUAAUCAAUUGAUCGAGCCUGGUGAUUUGCCAGAGGGCAUAACAUCACUCUCUUUGAAUUUCUGCUACAACCAACCUAUUAAGCCAGGCUCACUCCCACGAUCAAUCACAUACAUCUAUUUCGGCAACAAGUUCGAUUACCCUCUUGAGCAUGGCUUACUCCCACCACAUCUGCGCGAGCUUCGGCUGGGCCUCCAAUAUGAACAGCAGAUCUAUCCUGGCCAGCUACCAAGCUCGCUCACUACAUUGUAUUAUAAUGGUAACCUUCAACAUCAGCUCAUUCCUGGUGCACUUCCAUCGUCGUUGAUCUACCUGCGCUUGGACCAAAUCAAUGGCCACCCUCUGAUCCCCGACACACUCCCCAGAUCAUUGGUGGAGCUUGUGUUUGGAUCAUCCUUCAACAGCCACAUCAUGCCUGGUGCGCUCCCUUCUGGACUCUGCUCACUCAAAUUCGGGUAUCUAUUCAACAGACCUAUCCAACAAGGAGUCCUGCCCGAGUCCUUGACCAGGCUAAAGUUUGGACAUCAAUUUAAUCAACCGUUGGUACCGGGUACUUUGCCCAAGUCCCUUCAAACAUUGGAGCUGGGCUCGAUGUUUGAUCGAUCACUAGUCUUGCCACACUCACUCAUUCACCUAUCACUUGGAUCAGAGUUCCAACAAACACUUACCAGUAAGAUGAUACCAUCAUCAUUGACAUCACUUAGGUAUGCCAACAACAUAUCAGAGUUGAUCACAAUGGACACGUUCAAGCAUUGUCGCAUCCAGAACUUGAGGAUGGACCUUGAUACUCCAGAGGCACCUGGAAUGUUGGAUAAAUCAAUGUUUGGUGGACAUGUCCAGACAUUGACAAUGAAGUGGCACCAUGAUCUUCAGGAUGCCAUUAGACAAUAUAUGGACUGUAGUGGCGGCAUAACAAACUGUUAUUUGAAGAGUCUCAAAUCUAUGAUUCGUCGACUGGAUGAUCAACAACAUUACAUCGUGAUCAACAAUCAAUAUGGAUUAUAUAUUCUCGAUCAUGAUACACUACUCAAUAAUGCAAGGACCAUAUUCAAGCCAAUAGAUGAUUGA